AUGGAAUAAGUUUCCGAGUUUGAUACUCUACAAGAUUUUUUGUCAUCCAAGCACGAAGAGCACACUAAUUUGUUGAUAAAUCUACCAAAUAAGAGGGUUAUAAAUGAUUAGGAUACACCAGUCUUAGCAAGUGGUUUAGAAAAAUGUGUUAAUGUGAAGAUUUUAGAAUUGAUCAUAUCAGAUUAAUUUUUAAAAAAAAACAAAAUUACAGUUUAACAAGCUUAAUGUUUAGGCUAAGCAAUAGGGAAAUGUGUCAACUUAACAAAAUUAGAGCUUGAUUUAAACGGAUAUCAUAUAGAGAGUCAACCUAUUGUUGAACUGAUUACAGGAUUUAAAGAUUGCAUCAAAAUUAAUACUUUGAAACUGAAUCUAGAGAGCUGCAAAAUUGGUUAUCAAGGAGGAAUUGGUAUUGGUAAAGUACUCUAAAAUUUUGCAAACCUCACAGAUUUAGAAAUUAAUUUUGAAGAUAAUACUAUUGGAGAUGAAGGAUCAAGUGGGAUAAUGGAAGGAUUGAAAAACUGUUAGAAUCUUAAGAUGCUAAAUUUAAAUUUAAGUUCAAAUGAUAUGACGAGUUAUGGUUUUGUUGAUUUUGGUACACAUCUAGGAGGCUGUUAAAAUCUUACAAAUUUAACAAUUAAUUUUAACACUGAGCAAUUUAAUGAAAGAAUAACUAGUGACGGACUAUCUGGUUUUGCAGCAGGGUUAAUAAAAUGCUAAAAUCUCAACACUUUAGAUUUAAUAUUAUCUGGAAAUGACAUCACUGAUGAAGGAUUAUUGUGUCUAACUAGUGUCUUAGGAGAUUUAAAAAGCCUAGAAGUUUUGAAGCUUAACUUAGGGGUAAAUAAUGAUUUCAAAGACAAAGGAAUUUCUGGAUUGGGAAAGGGAAUAGGAAGAUGUGAAAAUUUAAAUAAUUUAACACUUAAUUUGUCAUAGUAAGGUUUAUCUGAAGAGUAAAAUGACUAAAUUGAAGCAAUUCAAGACUUAGUUGAGGGAAUAGCAAACUGCAAAAAACUUUAAACUCUAUUUAUAGAUUAUGGUCUUAGUAAGUUAAAUCAAAAAAACGUAGCUUAAUUAUUUUUUGGAUGUGGACGCAUGACAAAUCUUACAUCUCUUGAAUUGCAAUUAGCAAGUAAUUAAAUCGGCUAAGUAGAACCUAGUAGCUUAAAGGCUUUUUUAGAAAAUUUAGUAAAUCUAAAAUCUUUAUCUAUUGAUUUCUCAUACAACUUAAUAUCUGAUGAAGAGAUUUGUUCAUUAUCUGAAGGAUUACCUAAAUGCACAAACCUUGAAAGCCUUUACAUACAGCUUAGCUACAAUAAAGUUGGGUAAAAAGGAAUUUCUGCUUUGAGUAAAGCAUUAAUCUAAUGCCACAAUCUCUCAGAUUUAAAUAUUUAGAUAUCGGAAAAUGUAUUUGGUAGUGAAGGAGCUUGUAUAUUAGGAGAUGGAUUAGGAAAUUGUUCUAAUCUCAAAAAAUUAAUAGUUUAUUUACCUUCUUGGUCAUAAUAAGAAAUCAAUUAAAUAGGUAGUUAAGGAGUAUCUGGAUUAUUUAACGGCUUAAAAAACUGUACUACUAUUGAGAAUCUUACAGUCUAUUUGCGCUAUUGUGAUACUAAAGACGAAGGUAUUAUUGAUUUAAGCAAUGCAAUAGUGAAUUUAGUGAAUCUUAACACUUUAAAACUUGACUUAAGAAAUAAUUACAUUACAGAUCCAGUUAAGAAAGCAUUAUAAGAAAAACUAGAUUCGAUGUAAAAAUUAGUAAAUAAAGAAAUAGAAUACAGCUGA